CGACGCUGCCGUAUCCCACGGGUGAAAACUCGCCGAUUGCGGCAACCGGUUGCUUCUCUCCGUCGCUCCUCAGAAAUAUGGAUAGUUUGGUUAAUUACCAGAAAUGUUAGUACUAUUCUUUGGAUUGACAUUUCAACUGAGCUUGGAAUUUACCGAGUAGUACUAUUCUAGGCUGAAGGAGUAUAAGAAGCUCUUGAAAUUCUCGAUCUCUGAUUGAGAUCCAAAUGUUGGUGAUAGAUAAGGUUCUGACUGUGCUUGAUCAGUCCAUUAACAGAAAUAUCUUGUCUGCCCUCCUGAAAGUAUGCCCAUAAUUCAGAAGUUGUAUGAUGCUUGCAAAGCAUCAUUUUCUGCCAGUGGUCCGGUGUCAGAAGAGGCUCUAGAGAAAGUCCUUUCUCUCUUAGAUGAACUGAAGCCGUCUAAUGUGGGUCUCGAACAGGAGUCACAGUUAGCUCGUGGUUGGAAAGGUUCGCCGAAUGGUACUAAUAGCAAGAAAGAUCGAAAUGGCUUACAUCAAUAUCCAUCAACAAUAAAGUACCUACAUUUGCAUGAAUGUGAAAGAUUCUCGAUAGGAAUCUUUUGCAUGCCCCCAGGUUCUAUCAUUCCACUUCAUAAUCAUCCUGGAAUGACCGUAUUGAGCAAGCUUCUAUAUGGUGCUUUACACGUACGAUCAUAUGAUUGGCUUGAUCUACCUCAGUUCACUGAUCUUUCUCAAGCCAGACCUGCAAAACUUGUUAGGGACUGUGAGAUGAUUGCACCUUGUGGGACAACAAUUCUUUAUCCAGAUCGAGCUGGCAACAUUCAUUGUUUCAAAGCCAUAACUCCCUGCGCAAUAUUCGACAUUCUCUCACCGCCUUACUCUUCUGUAGAUGGGCGACACUGCUCUUAUUUCCGGAGGUCUCCCAGGAGAGAAAUUUCAGGUCUCGACCAAUUUUGUGGACCCGAAUCCUCAGAAGUUACGUGGUUGGAAGAGAUUCAACCACCUGAAAACUUUGUGGUCCGGCGGGGACUGUACAAAGGUCCCAUUUUUAGACAAUGGAGUUAAGACUGUAAAGCCAAAUUUAGUCGGAUUGGACAGAGAAACGACGAGCCAUCUGGUUAAACUUAAAACUGCACCAGCACUCAAAACUUGUUCAAUAAUUUUAUGUACAUACUGUGGGUUGAAUGGGUGGUGGAUACUGACCUGUUAGGCUCUACUUUUGUAGAACUCUGAUCUAUUUGAUCUUCUGUUAGUAAAAACCACUGGCGGCCUUCUUUUUGUUCCAA